AUGGCGGGUAUUUUCGUUGCACAAAACGUGUCUCUCGAUAUGCAUGAGCGUACGCCAGCCUCGACUCUAUUACCCGAGCUCCUCGACUCAGCCGAAGAGGGCGAGAUGCCAGUCCGGACUGGCUCAGUAUGCAUCAAGUCUGAGCCCCUGAGUGAAAUCGAGAUAGCAGAAGCAAUCGCCGCCCGGACUGACUCGACUCCGAUCAAGAGUGAGCCUGUGAGCGAGAACGGCGAGGAUUCCGAGGAAAUCGACAACGCUGAGUGGGAGGAUGUCAUGGUGCCGGAAAUUCCCUCAGUGUCAAUGACCAGAGACAACGACUAUCAGCAGAGCACGGUCCCCGUUAUCAAGAAUGAGACUGAUAUCUUUGACCAGUCCGGUCAGUCAUUACAUCCGAUCUGCUGUACGAACAGAACACACUGCUCAGGCGCCAUGUGA